AUGUCAGUGGUGACGGUGGUAGCGACAGACGCUGAUGAUCCGACUUAUGGAAACUCUGCCAGACUGAUUUACAGCAUCCUGCAGGGUCAGCCAUACUUCUCUGUGGAGCCAAAGACAGGCGUGGUGCGGACAGCUCUUCCUGACAUGGACCGGGAGGUUCGGGACCAUUACCUGCUGGUGGUCCAGGCCAAAGACAUGAUUGGUCAGAUGGGAGGUCUGUCAGGAACCACCUCGGUCACAGUGGUCCUGACGGACGUCAAUGACAGCCCACCUCGCUUCCCCCGCAAAAGCUACCAGUUCAGUGUUCCAGAGUCUGUACUGGUUUCAGCUGUGGUCGCUAGGAUUAAAGCUCUGGAUCUAGAUGUUGGUCCAAAUGCUGAGAUGGACUACAGGAUCCUGGAUGGAGAUAGACUGGGGACCUUCAAGAUCAUAACCGAUCCAAACACACAAGAAGGACUGGUCACACUACACAAGACUCUGGACUUUGAGACUAAGUCGAGUUACAUGCUGCGUGUUGAGGCGUCCAAUCGUUACGUGGACAUUCGUUACCUGUCAAUGGGUCCAUUCAGUGAUGUGACGACAGUUCAUCUGCUGGUGCAGAACGUGGACGAGCCUCCAGUCUUUUCGUCCUCUGUCAGUCGGGUGUCAAUCUCUGAGGCUGCUGCAGUGGGAACUGUUGUGGGAUCAGUUUCAGCUCAUGACCCGGACACCACCAACAGCCCCAUCAGGUCCAGUAGCUCCAGAUCCGCGUCCCAGGCGGUCAGAGGGGGGGCCGAGGAGACCAGGAGGGCCAGGCAGACCAGCAGGGACCCGCAGGGACCCGAACAGACCCCCAUCACCGACAAAUCGUUUCAAUAUGUGACAGAAAACACGACCCGGGUCUACAGCAGUCCGACGGAGGUACGUUGCGUUGAAAAGUUGAAGAAGCAGAAAGAUGUACGGCUUGCCACCCGUCUUCUGCCAAUCCAGCUUUCUUCACAAAAUGGUCACGUCCUCGCCGACCGCGUCCCUUCCUCGCUGAUGGUGUGGUCCCAUUUUCGCUCCCUCUCCUUCUUGGGCCUGGGAUUCGUCCAGGACAUGUUCUGGGCCAUGUUGGAUUGGUCUCAGGUGGGGAAAGCUUUGGUUCUGGUCGCAGUGAUGGACGUGAACGAUAAUGCUCCGAACUUCGCCGCCAAGUAUGAAACCUUCGUCUGCGAGAACGCUGAACCUGGACAGGUAAAUCUCACCUGGGUACUGUUUGUUACUGCUGUGUUUGUGAACCUGGACAGAACAUGUCCUGAUGAAUCCCAGGCGAGAAGAGAGGAGCGAAAAUGGGACACACCACAGCGAGGAAGGGGACGCGGUCGAGGACGAGGCCGUGACCAUGUGAAGAAAGCUGAUGGAGAGACGGUGGCAGAGCCUACAUCUUUCUGCUUCUUCAACGCAAGUGACUGUCCUACACAAAGAGGAAACAAGAAGGGUUUAAUGGUCGACUGCGGCGCCACAACACACAUGAUCAACGACGCCACAAAGUUCAAAACAGUGGACAAGAGCUUCAGACCCGAGAACCACAUGAUCGAGCUUGCCGACGGGACCAAGGUGAGCGGGAUGGCGAAGAUGAGGGGAGACGCCGAAGUCUAA